AUGCCUCACAAACAUAAAAGACGGCAAAAGGACGAGUCGACCUACGACCUCCCUCCCACAACCAUAGCCAAGCCAUUGCCAGUUAACAAAGGCAAGACACCGAGCAAUGCAACGAAGAAAGGGGCCAACAACAAAAGUAAAGAUAGCGAAAGCAACAAAAAGCCCAAUAAUAAGAACCCGAAAUGGGCAGACGAUACUCCUCGUGCAUUCUCACGUUUGAUGCGCUUCCAACAACUGGGGAAGAUACCGUCUGGACUGGAUGACGGCAAUGGGAAACCGCAGAGCAAGAAGCGUAAGCGCGGCGGAGAAGGAGGAGGAGGAGGAGGAGGAGGAGUAGAAGAUAAGGAUACAACGACGACUACCUCCAAAUCUGCAGCCAAAGACAACGCCGCAGCUAUCAAGAUUCUCCCUGGCGAGAAACUGUCUGAUUUUGCCGCGCGUGUCGAUCAAGCAAUGCCUCUUUCCUCGAUGAAAAAGUCACAACGCACAACUCAGUCUGAUAAUCUUUCGAAGAUCCGUGAGGAGCGUAUUACAAAGCAUGAGAAACAUCUCCGAAAACUUCAAAAAGGCUGGCGUGAGGAAGAAGCUCGCAUCAAAGCAAAGGAGGCCGAAGAGAGGGAAUUAAGAGAGGCACAGGAUGAUGAACUUGCAGAGUUAUGGAAAGAAUGGCAGGUUGAAGCUGGGAAAGUCAAGUCGAAGAAAAAGACUACACAGUCGUCAUCCAAGAAGAAGAAGAGGAAGCACGGCAAAGAUAACGAUGACGAUGACGAGGAUGAUGACGAUGACGACCCUUGGGCUAAACUCAAUACUCGCGAGCGAACAGCAAAACCUAUCAAUCCGCUAGAAGUGGUUCAAGCGCCUCCGGAAUCACUGGCUAAACCACGCGAGAUUUUCAGAAUCCGUCGCGGUGCUGACGGUGCCGAAGUGGAUGUUGCGAAUAUUCCUGCCAAUGCUGGAAGUUUGCGGAGGAGAGAGGAGCUUGCCGAAGAACGAAAGAGUAUUGUGGAGGAAUACAGACGAUUGAUGGCUGCGAAGAGAGGGCAAUAG